CGCCCCCCGCCGCGGCCGCCCGGACACGCGGGGAAGCAGUAAAACCACUAGCAGAAACGUCCUUCCAUCGGGGCGGGGCGAGGCGGGGCCGUGUGGAGCCGGGACACCGCAUCUUGCUUGGCUGACAGCCUCACAUCCACUUAUCUCUCUUUGUACUUUAUGGAAGAUCAUGGAAUAAUUGAAGGCUGAAUAAUAUAUAACAGGAAAAAACACAGGAGUUUUAUUACCUUUACAUUGGUAUUAUUGGUGUGUUUCUGAGGAACAGCAAUUGAUAUUUCUCACCAGUGCAAUAAAUGAAUACAUGCCAUGAAGUAUAAGAGGAAACAUUACUAGGAAACAUAGUGUGGAUUUGUGUAUGCUCUGUACUCUUUCUGCUGACACGCUGUUCACUUUGCACAGUAGUGAGGUGCUCAAAAAAACUGUAUGGGGGGGGUGUUCUCUUUUGUUUUGCUUUGUGAGCGUGAGUAAAGAUGGCAAAGCAUGUGUCAAAGAAGAGGAAAAUUAAGGAAGAAAAUAAUAGAUUUCUAGAACAUUGGGAAGUGGAUUAUACUGAACAGCUAUCAAGUGCUGCAGCUUCUUAUGCAGUAACUUUGCAGUUAGCCAAAGCAAAGAAACCAUACAGUGAUGGGGAUCUAGUGAAAAAAUGUGCCAUUGAAAUGGCCAGGGCAUUUGGGGAUGAGAACAUGGUGAAAAACUUUGAAACAGUUUCACUCUCUCAUCCGACAGUAGCCCAAAGAAUUGAAGAUAUGAGCAAUCAGGUAUGCGAAAAGUUAUUAUACAAUGUCAAAAAGUGUCGCAAUUUUUCCUUAUCGUUAGCAGAGAUCACUGACCAAACUGAUACAAGUCAGCUUCUCAUAUUUAUCAGAACUGUGGAGGAAGAUUUCUCAGUCAAGGAGGAGUUGCUGUCUCUUGUCUCAUUACAUGACACUACAAAGGGAACAGAUAUAUUUGAAGCUCUUCAGAAGAGUGUGAGUGAAUAUGGUGGUUUUGAGAAAUGUACCUGUAUUGCCACAGAUGGUGGUAGGGCUGUUAUCGGUUCUGAAUUUGGAUUAUCAGAUCUUCUGAAGAAGUCUGGUGUUACAUGCCCCAUGAUUCACUGUGUGAUUCGCCAAGAAUCUUUGUGUGGGAAAUGGGUGAAACAAGCUGAAGCUGUGAAAGUUGUUGUGAAGGUUACCAGUCUUAUUUGUGGUGGAAAUAAAUCUUUGUUAAACAGUAAAUUCCACUCAUUUUUGGAAGAAAUGCAGUCGGUGUAUGGAGAUUUACCUCUGGAUUCCGAAAUUCAUUGGCUAAGUGCUGGUAAGGUUCUCAUAAAGUUCUUUGCUCUCAGAAAAGAAAUUCCAGUGUUCCUAAAAGAACAAGUGAAAACUGACACCACAGAGUUUGAAGAAAGAUUUUUGUCUCCCCAGUUCCUGGCCGAAUUAGCCUUCUUGACAGAUACUACCACUCACUUAAAUGAAUUAAAUUUAAAGUUGCAGAGUAAGAAUAAUACAAUAUCAGACCUCUUUGGAUGUGUGAAUGGGUUUCGUAGAAAGCUAAAACUGUUCAAGGUUGGUCUUGAAAAGGGUGAUCUUAUACAUUUCCCAUCUUGCAAGGAACUGGAGAAAGAAAUGGAAAAUUUUGAAGGUGUAAACUUUUUGGAAUUCUCAUCCAAUGUAGAUGCUAUGGUGAAAGAAUUUGACAAUCGCUUUACCGAAUUGGAGUUACUGAAAAACACACUGAUGCUUUUCAACAACCCACUUGGAUCUGUGCUUGAAAAUCAGUCUUCCAACGUGUUCUAA